AUGAUGUCCAACAAGGGUCCCGUGGCAAAGCUCUACCUCUCUAUCAUCGAUGAUGUGAUUGAGAGUAUGAGGGAGGUCUUCCAGGACGAAGGGCUGGAGGAUCGAGUCUUGGACGAUUUGAAAAACCUCUGGGAAACCAAGAUGUUGCAGUCGAAAGCCAUGGAGGGCUUCCAGACAAACAUCAACUCAUCCAACUUUGUGCUGCAGCUCCCGGUGGGAUACAGGCAGGCAGACAGGGAGUUCUCUGGAAACGUGGUUGCUGGGAAUGCAUCAGUUGUGAUCCCACCAGGCCAGCACCUCAAUUACCAAGUGAAGAACAACCAGAGGACCAUUGCUACGUUUGCGCUCCCUGCUGGACUGUCCUGCCCGGUGCAGAUACCAGCUGGAGUCACGCUGCAACAGCUUCUGGUGCCGCAUGAAUACCUUUUUAUGAAAACCUUUACAAGACUCUUUAACUGUUUGGAUCUCUCAGGUCAGCUAUAUAAAGUCAACGUUCCUGUUCUGGUCACACAAGCCCUCACUGGACACCAGCCUCGGUCCGCCAACCAGUCCAAACAGCCUGAAUCCAAAGACGCCCCCAGCUCCCAGCCGGUUCAACAGUCUAAACCUCAGGAGGCACCAGCGCCAUCACAGACCGACACCGGUGAAACGCCAGAAACAAGCCCUCCUCUGCAGCAGCCUCCAGUCCUGCAGGAGGAAAGUCAGCCAGAGACGUGUGCAGAAGCAAUAACUGUACUGGACGACCAGGAGCCGAGUCCAGAACCACUGGACCUGACCAUCUUGCCCGCUCCCUCCAGUCAGAAUUUGGACUUUCAGAUCAGCAGUGAGGAACAUCUGGCUUCGGAUGAUCAGUUCAAGAACAUCGACGAACUCCUGAACGAGGUGAUCGAGGUGGAGCGGGAGAAAGCUGCCCGGGCCAAGAGCUGCAGCGAGUCUGAAGACAUUCUGGGGUUGGUUCCUGACUUUAACUACAGCGACCUCUCCGACAUCAUUCAGCUGGACGGCCCUGGCGACGACUCCAAUGUCAAAGACGGAGAACUUCUGGAGGAGAACGACUUCUUGGGAAUGAUCAAUGCGGAAGCCAUCAGAGCUCUGGAGGACGGCGACAGCAGCGGCAGCGACGCCAAGAGCCUUACCAGCAGCGAUGGCGAAGCAGCCGAGGAGCUGGCCGGGGAAGAGGACGAGGAUCCACUGAAUUCAGGGGAUGAUGUCAUCGAGCAGGACAUCCCGGAUCUGUUUGAUACUGAAAAUGUCAUCGUCUGUCAGUACGACAAGAUUCAUCGCAGCAAAAACCGUUGGAAGUUCCAUUUGAAAGACGGAGUUAUCAGUUACAGAGGACGCGACUAUGUGUUUUCUAAAGCCGUCGGGGAGGCAGAGUGGUGA